AUGGAGCAACGGCUGCCAAUUCAGCUCCAGCGAGCGCUGCUGCCGUUCCAGAGGGAGGGAGUGGCGUUUGCAGUGGGGAGAGGGGGGCGCUGCCUGAUUGCAGACGAGAUGGGCGUGGGGAAGACCAUCCAGGCCAUAGCAGCAGCGGCGUGGUACAUGGUAGAGGGCCCUCUCCUCAUCGUGUGUCCGGCGUGCCUCAGACUGCAGUGGGCCGAGCAGCUGGAGAGGUGGCUGCCCUUCCUACGCCCCUCCCAGAUCCACAUUGGUAAGCCCCCUGCCCUCCCUGUACUAAGGCUGCAGUGGGCCGAGCAGCUGGAGAGGUGGCUGCCCUUCCUACGCCCCUCCCAGGUCCACAUCGGUGAGAACCCUGCUCUCGCUGCAACCAGGCUGCAGUGGGCCGAGCAGCUGGAGAGGUGGCUGCCCUUCCUACGCCCCUCCCAGAUCCACAUCGUGUUUGGCCAGCGGGACGAUCUUGUGGAGGAGGACCAAGGGGAGAGGGCGGUGGGAGCUAGCACGGAUGGUCAUUUGAAUGAGCACACGGACAAGGGAAAGAGCACAGGUGAGGCGAAUCUCGAGAGACAGCGAGAUGAGUUAGCGGAGGUGGAGCAAGGGGAGAGGGCGGUGGGAGCUAGCACGGAUGGUCAUAUGAAUGGGCACACGGACAAGGCAAAGACCACAGCUCCAGCAGUGGUGAUCACCUCCAGCGGUGGUGAUCACGUCCUUCACCAUGGCAGGGCGGCUGAGACGAACGCUGAUGAGGAGGCGAGGGAGGUGGGGCAUGGUGGUGGCGGACGAGGCACAAACCUUUCCCUUUUCCCACUUACCCCACUCAACCUCUCUCAACCCCUCGUAUCUCCCUCUAUCACAGCUCCAGCGGUGGUGAUCACGUCCUUCACCAUGGCAGGGCGGUUGAGACGAACGCUGAUGAGGAGGCGAGGGGGGUGGGGCAUGGUGGUGGUGGAUGAGGCACAUACUCGAGUGGUGGUGGAUGUGAUUCGGCGCACCAAGCGAGCCGUGCUCCUCACCGGAACUCCGUCACUCUCCAGGCAAAUACUUCGUGCACCAUCUCAACCCUUCCUCUCUUCUUUGCACCCUCUCUCCCGUAGCAGGCCCUUUGACUUAUUCAAUCUCGUCGACAGCCUCUGGCCUGGCCUGCUGGGCAUGUCCAAGUACGAGUAUGCUCACAAUUACUGCGACAGGGGGAGGGACAGUAGGGACUUCUCACGAGGGAUACGACUACGUGAGCUGCACAUCCUGCUGUCCCACACCGUCAUGGUGAGGAGUGGUGCAGUCAUCGCUAGGAGGGGUAUUCUCAGGUUGAAAGGGGUGCUCUCACACACCACUGGGUCGGCUUGGCAUGUUCUAAUGCAAGCUCGCAUGCAACUAUUGACCGGGGGAGGGACAGCAGGGACUUCUCAAGGGGGAUUCGAUUGCGACAGCAGGGAAUUCCCAAGGGGCAUUCGACUGCAUGAGCCGCACAUCCUGCUCUCGCACACCGUCAUGGUGAGGAGCAGUGCUGCCACACACUGCUGUGGUGUGAAGCGGUGCUGUCUGUCAUUUUACGACCGGCAGCCCGCUCCCUCCCCCCUCCCCUCCCCUCUUUCACCGCGGCGCUUUCCGCCGACGAGGGCGGACGCGACCACCGCGGCGAUUUCUGCCGACGAGGGCGGAUGCGACCACCGCGGCGGAUUCCGCCGACGAGGGCGGACGCGACCACCGCGGCGAUUUCCGCUGACGAGGGCAGACGCGACCACCGCGGCGGAUUCCGCCGACGAGGGCGGACGCGACCACCGCGGCGGAUUCCGCCGACGAGGGCAGACGCGACCACCGCGGCGGAUUCCGCCGACGAGGGCGGACGCGACCACCGCGGCGGAUUCCGCCGACGAGGGCGGACGCGACCACCGCCGCGAUUUCCGCCGACGAGGGCGGACGCGACCACAGCGGCGGAUUCCGCCGACGAGGGCGGACGCGACCACCGCGGCGGAUUCCGCCGACGAGGGCGGACACGAUCACCGCGGCGAUUUCCGCCGACGAGGGUGGACGCGACCACCGCGGCGAUUUCCGCCGACGAGGGCGGACGCGACCACCGCGGCGGAUUCCGCCGACGAGGGCGGACGCGACCACCACGGCGAUUUCCGCCGACGAGGGCGGACGCGACCACCGCGGCGAAUUCCGCCGACGAGGACGGACGCGACCACCGCGGCGGAUUCCGCCGACGAGGGCGGACGCGACCACCGCGGCGAUGUCCGCCGACAAGGGCGGACGCGACCACCGCGGCGGAUUCCGCCAACGAGGGCGGACGCGACCACCAUGGGCGCUCGCCGUGACCUCAACCACCCUGACAAGGGCGGACGACACAGUCGCGGGCGGAUGGCGCAGCCGCGGGCGGAUGGUGCAGCCGCGGGCAACAAAGCGCAGCCGCAAGCGAACGGCGCAGCCGCGGGCGACAAGGCGCAGUCGUGGGCGGACGCCGCAGCGGCGGGCGACAAGGCGCAGCCGCGGGCGGACGGCGCAGCCGCAGGCGACACAGCGCAGCCGCGGGUAACCCGGCGCAGCCGCACGCAACGUGACCGCACCACCCCUCUCGGUGGUGUCGUCUCCCCUCCUUGA